AUGUUUCAUGGUAAUUAUCUUUUCUUCCGACCACAGCAGCAGGCACCGUCGCCGGAUUUCAUGAAUAGAAGGCAAUGUCUCGGCGUGGCAGUCGUCCUGCUGCUGUCAUGUUCCAUGGGAGUGCACGGCUGGGCUACCCUCAAGAAGAUCCUAAUCGCCAGGCUGCUGAGUGGGCCUCGAGUCAUCGCAGUUCCUGUGCCCAUUCCCUCAGGACAUCAGCACCAUCCCCCUCCUCUUCCGCCACAUCAUCACCCACAUCCUCCUCCACCCCCGCCAAUGAUGCCCGUACCCAUACCAGUGCAUCACUACCACUACCCUCCUACAAAUAUAUGGCAAUCACCACUUCCAAAGCCAGCCCCCGAUGUCAUCACUGACCUGUCCCAUCUGCACGCCCUCUACGAUUCGGCGUCUCUCCACGCCCCACACAAGCAGAACUACCAAUAUGACGUCAUCGACCUCGGGACUGCUUCCGACGUUCUCACCGCUGAUGCGGGAACAAAAUCGACCAAGACUACACCGAAGAGUCACUGGCCUACGUACAGAGAACCCGUAGCUACACGCAGGCCAUCGUACACGUCACAGAAGAGCCAUACUUACUCCACCGCUCAACAAGAGGCCUAUAUGGCCGCCUUGAAAGAGUAUCUAAAACAACAGUACACUUCACAAACAGAAACGUCGUGGCCCAAGCCCUCUUUGUCCUAUCACAACGCUCCCUCCAAAUGGGCCUUCGCUGAAGAUGCGACUUCUAAAACAAAAGAGUAUUCAAGAGUUCCGAUUACAAGUUAUGGGUGGCAGUACCCUGAUUCUUUUGGAUACAAAGACACGAUGGCCUCUUUGGCAGCCAAACAACCUUCCUCCCGAGACAAUUACGACUGGGCGAGAUACAUGGCAUCAAUGAACACGAAGUCCUCUUCGUCAUCCGGCUAUGAUUGGACUAAGCAUAUGACCCCAGCAAAGGAGUUUUCGUUGUCAGACAAUUACGACUGGGCAAGUCACGUUGCAUCUGCGUACAAGUCGGCAGCUGAAAAGGCGCUUAAGCAAACGUCAGCGGUGUCGAGGUAUGAUACAGCUCAACAAGACUCGGAAAGCUACAGCUCCGCGCCCUCCACGCCAAUAUCGACCACUGAAGCGGCGUCUGCGUCCGAAAGUUAUGAAUCUUCAGAAGGCGCGGAGGCAUCUUCCUCUCUGCCAUACACUACGUCAACUGCAUCUUCGACGUCAACGACGUCGAUCAAAAACCUCGAAGCUCCCAACCCUCCUCCAGCAACGUCUAAUCUGCCAAUCGCUGAAAGUGGUGUUAAAAGGGACCGAAUAACGAGAGAUUGGUGA